AGUACACUCACCAUUUGAGCACCGCACCUUUCACUGCUUGAUAGUGCAGAACGAGGGGGGAAAACAGUUCAGGGUGAAAACAGGCAAGAUUGAAGGACCGGCACUUCGCGAAGAUGCUUCGACGGAGCGCGCUGUGGUGUCUCAAGGCACGGCCCAAGACGGUGAGCAUCGAACCCGGCAGUAACCGCUUCUUAGAUCCAAACAUCGAGGCAAAAGCGAAGGACAUCUUUGCCGUGCCGCCCUUCCCUAACAAGUCGGUGCUGCACAACUGGCGCUUCUUCAUUAAGGCCGGCAAGGCGGCAACGGGGCCGCCGGUGGGGCAAGAAUUCUCCAAGCUCGGCCUGAAGGCAAUGGACUUCGCCAAGGCGUUUAACGACCGCACGAAGCCGCAUUUCAAGGAUGAUAUCGAGUUGGUGGUGCGCAUUCAGGUGUACUUUGACAAGUCGUACAUCUUCCGCAUUGAGCCGCCUCCGACGGCGUGGUUCCUGAUGCGUGCGGUGCGCAAGAAGCGCGGCGAGACCGGCUCCGUCGUGCUGCGGGGCCACUACUGUGCCUACGUAACCUUAGAAAUGUGCUACGAGAUCGCCAAAAUGAAGCAGAUGUCGUGGGGGAAGAUGGAGUACCCGCCGAUCGAGGUGCGCGUGCGGCGCAUUGUCGGCCAGGCACGCCGCAUGGGCAUUGCGAUCAUCGGCGUCGACACUGCCCACAGCUCCCCGGUGAAGGGGAUGACGGAGAAGCAGUACCUGGAGGAGGGGGAGAAGUACCGCAAGGUGCACAUGGCGCAGUACGAGGCGCUGAAGUCGAAGGAGUUGGCAGCCGCACCGCUGAUUGAGCGGCUGCACCGGCUCAACAUGGCACCGCUGAGCAACGCGCAGUUGGAGGAAGGUCUGCAAGACGCCGAUGUACUGCACGCGCUGUGGAAGUCGUCGCACCCGAAGAGCCUCUAUAUGCAGGACAUCCGCAAUCGCGAGAUGGCGCGGCGCUACGUGAAUGCGCGUGGCUGGUUUAAAGAUAUGACACCGGAGGAGAUGCGAGUGGUGUUUUUGAACUACCGCCUGCCAGAAGCGGAGCGCCAGCGCGAGCUUGGCCGGUCGGACGCGGAGGUUCAAGCGCAGGGGUACUGGACUCGUGAUGGGCCGCAGCAGUAA